UCUUCAUACGCUCAUACCCUUUUGAUCAACCCGAUUCUUCAGAUUCAAAAUCAUCAAAAAAAAAAACUCAAUGGAGAAAGAUUCGGAACGCGCGAAAAAUAAACCGCCGGCGUACGGAAAAAUGGUUACGAUCCUCAGCAUGGACGGCGGAGGAGUCCGAGGAAUAAUUGUCGGAGUCAUCUUGACUCGUCUCGAAUCAUAUCUUCAGGAACUCGACGGGGAAGGUGCGAGGUUGGCGGACUAUUUCGACGUGAUGGCCGGGACAAGCACCGGCGGCCUCGUGACGGCGAUGUUGACGGCGCCGAACGAACUCGGCCGACCGCUUUUCACGGGCAAAGACAUUGUUCCUUUUUACAUGGAGCAUGCUCCCAAGAUCUUUCCUCAGCCCCAAGGGUGGUUUAAUCUGUUGCCGAAGCUCCCAAAGCUUCUGUCUGGACCGAAAUACGACGGCAAAUAUCUUCACGAACUGUUAAGGAAGUUGCUUGGAGACAAAAGACUUCACCAGACGCUAACCAACGUCGUUAUACCUACCUUCGACAUCAAGAAACUCCAACCUGCAAUCUUCUCCUCCUAUCAGAUAUUGUCUGAUCCGGCUUUGGAUGCCAAGUUAUCAGACAUAUGCAUCGGCACAUCAGCUGCUCCUACUUUUUUACCUUCCCAUCACUUUGUCAAUGAAGAUAGAAAUGGGAAAGAGACCGAGUUCGACCUCAUUGAUGGCGCAAUCACCGCCAAUAACCCGACUUUAGUGGCUAUGACCGCCGUGUCUAAACAGAUUGUAAACAACAAUCCGGAUAUGGGAAAAAUGAAGCCAUUAGGGUUCGACCGGUUCCUGGUGAUAUCGAUCGGGACCGGUUCAUCCAAGCAGGAAGAGAAGUACAAUUCCCGAAAAGCCUCCGGAUGGGGGAUCAUAUCUUGGCUCUACGACAAUGGAUCAACUCCUAUUUUAGACUGUUACUCUGAAUCGAGCCGUGACAUGGUCCAUUACCACAGUUCUGUCGUGUUUCAAGCCCUUGAUUCCCAAGACAAGUACCUUAGAAUCGACGAUGAUACACUGGAAGGAGAUGCCAGCUCUCUUGACAUAUCUACAAAGGCUAACUUGGAAAACCUUGUGAAGAUCGGAGAGAAGAUGCUGAAGAACAGAGUCGUGCAUAUGAAUCUUGAAACUGGCAAAUACGAACCGGUUCCAGAUGACAUUACCAACGAACAACAACUCGAAAGGUUCGCGAAAAUGCUUUCGGAAGAAAGGAAACUCCGGAGAUUGAGAAGUGAAACUCUGAAGUUAGAUUCAAACUGAUCCGACCAAUCAACUUCAAGUGGAUAUUGUGAUGUUUGUGUCUUUUGUAAGAAUAUGUUUGAUUUUGCGCGUGUGGUGUAGCGAACUGCCAUUGUGCCUCGUUGAACUUCUUUUAUGUAUUUUUGUUCCCUCCAUGUAACAAAAAAUAAUGGAAGAUUCAACCAAAAAAAAAUAA